AUGAUUGAAGAACAUCAAGAUAAAGUAAUUGUCCAAUUGGAUUCAGAUCCUACUACCUCCGUUACCAUUCUUAAAUAUGGAGCUACUGUAAUUUCAUGGAAGUUGAAAGGUGAAGAACAAUUGUGGGUAUCAACUGCUGCCAAAUUAGAUGGAUCUAAACCUGUUCGUGGUGGUAUUCCUUUAGUAUUCCCUAAUUUCGGUAAAACCAAAGAUGAAUCGAAAGCUACUUAUGAUUUACCACAACAUGGAUUCGCAAGAAACUCCGAAUGGGAAUUUUUAGGUCAAACUACUUCAAAUCCAAUAACUGUUCAAUUUGCUUUAAGUCCAGAAAUAGCCAAUAAAGAAGUUUAUGAUUUAUGGAAAGGCAAACCUGAUUUCACCCUUAUCUAUAAUAUCACCUUAGCCGAUGAAAAAUUAACCACUACUAUCGAAGUUGAAAACCCUGGUGAUAAACCUUUUGAGUUCAACUGGUUAUUCCACACUUAUUUCAGAGUGGAUGAUAUUACUGAUAUUGUAGUCAAUAACUUAACUGAUGAAGAAUGCUAUGAUCAAUUAUUAGCCACCACUUACAGAGAAAAAGCACCAAUGGUUAAUUUCAUUGAAGAAUUUGAUAGAAUCUAUAAGAAAAUUCCUGAAGAAAAAGUCUUACAAAUUAUAAAAUUAGGUCACGUUCAACAAAACAUUAAGAGAUCAGGAUUACCAGAUGCUGUUGUUUGGAAUCCUUGGAUAAACAAAUCCAAAGGUAUGGGCGACUUUGAACCCAAAUCAGGUUAUUUGAAUAUGUUAUGUAUUGAAGCUGGAUUGGUUGGUGAGUUCAAAACAUUAUCACCAGGAGAAAAAUGGACCGGAAGUCAAGAUUUCUACCCAAAAGGUGAAAUUUUAGUUCAAUCUAAUAUUUAUUAA